AUGGAGCUGUUGUCAAAGGCUGGACUAGAAGACCAUUAUGAAAACAAGCUGACGUUAAGUACUGUCCUUGAGAUAAAUGCUAAUACUACAUCAGAUGAACCUCUUUCCACUAUGCAGUCACUUCCAGGGGCCUUCCUGAAGAAAUUAAUGAUGGCAAAUGUGAAUGCUAGGAGUGUGAAAUGUCUGUCCACUGACCAGGAGGUUUCCUAUUGUGGUGUAGACAACCUGAACACUGACUCUGAUACCAGUAAUGUCAUUAAUCCACUGGACCUGAUAACUGCUCUGUUUCUGUGCUCAGAUGGUUUCCUGCAGCAGGAGAUGGUCCAGAAAAUGUCCAUGUGUCAGUUUGCUGUUCCUCUGCUGCUGCCCAACUGUGACACAAAACAAAGCACUCUGAUGCUGUGGGCCUUGAGGGACAUAGUGAAGAAGUUUAGAUCAUCUUCACAAGCAGCCACAAAAGCUUUUGUGGAGGAGAGAGUAGUUCUCUCUGAUAUUCCUAUGGUGUCCUUUGUUAGGCUUGGAGAGAACAGCUUGUCCAAGUCUCAGAUUUUGAACAAGUUGCUUAGUAACCCUCAACAGUACCAUGACACAUUUGUUCAUCAUGAUAUGGAAUGUGGUGAUGUCCCUCGUCAAGUCUCAGAUGGUCUGGUUGAAAUCAGCUGGUACUUUCCCUGUGGGAACAGAAACAUAGACAUGUUCACUAAGCCUGUGUCUGUUGCCAAUCUCAGAGGAGACAUCAGGUCCUCUGAAAAACAGUUCUCCUUUCUGUGUCAAACAUCAGCUGCAGUUUACAUUUUCAUUGAUGAUUUAGAGGCCAAUUUCUUCAAGGUCUUGAAAAGCAAAAAAACAAAGGCAGAGUUAUUUCUGGUUGUCAACUGUCAGGGAAAGAGGUUCAGAGUAGACACAUUGAAAAAAAUGAUCAGCAACUGCAGUAUCAAUGAAAAAAAUGUGAUUGUGAAGAAGAAGCAGAAUGAUGCAGAAUUUGUCAAAACCCUUCAGUCCUCUGUGGGUGAAAUCAUCGAAAGAAGUCCAAAUCGUUUGACAAUUGAAAACAUGGUUGACGUGGCUCAUCAGAUGGGGAUUUGGGUUGAUGAAGACUGUGGUGAGUGUCAGAGUGCCAGGAAGAUGGCAGAUGAAAUCACCAGGAAUAUCACAGACACAAAUGAAUUCAAAGACCAACAGCUACAAUUACAAGGAACAAUCUGGAAAGAGAUUUCCCAGUUGGAGAAAGAGAGAUGUAGGCUGAGAAAAGCAGGGGAUCAAGACAUUGAACACUACAAGAGCUCUCUGAAGAAAAAGGAGAAAGAGCUGAGAGAGAAGCAAUAUACAUUUGACAUAUCAGAUGCAAUGACAAGCUUCAUGUUAGGAAUGUCAAGUUCAGGAGCGGAGCGUUCCUAUUUCCUCAAAUGGAUGCGGAUAAAUCUGGACAAUCUGUCACGUCAGAACCUGUCUGGUUUGCGGGACCAGUACAAAGAUCUUUGCCAACAUUCUCCGGAGAAAAAAGAUGACAUUAAAGAUUUGGAUAAGCAAUUAUCUGACUGUUCCUUAGGUCUUGAACACUUCCUGCGUGAGUUGGGCCAGUUAUAUGAAGCUGCCUGCUCCCUCCCUGAAAGUAGCCUACAAUGGCAACAGAUGGAGCAUCUCCCUGGAUUGUGUGCUCAGAUGCUGUUGGAUGGUUUCCCCGUUGAGCUUGUGGACGGAGAUGCAUCAAAUAUCCCUCUGAAAUGGAUAUCAGCUGUACUGACUCAGCUUCAUACUCUUGUGGACUCUAACAGCAAGAUCUGGGUUGUGACAGUUUUAGGGGUUUUACAGAUUGUUGUUCAUGCUUUUAUCAGGAUGAAGGAAGUGGGGAAGAAGCCAGUAUGUCAUUUUGUGCACCAGAAUGUGUCAGACAUGUCUGCUCAUGACAACAACAUGAGGGACAGGAAGAAGUUGUUGGAACAGUUAGAUGAAAUGACCCAGGCAGCAGCCAGAAUGGAGAAGAAGGAGAAUAUCACCAAGUUCACUGAUGUGAUGGAGUAUGAUCCAGACACAAGCAGCUGCUACAUCCCAGGACUCUGGCAUGGGACUCCCCCUAUGGCUCCAGUCAAUGCAGGCUACAGUGAGGCUGUGUACAGCUUCAAGAAGACCUUAAUGAAAGAUUUCAGAAAAUGCCAAAGAAAUGAUGACUUGACAUAUUUCCUGGAGUGGACACAAAGCUUGUGGGAGGCAGUGAAAUUUGAAAAAUUCAUCUUUAGUUUCAGAAACAGCUUGGUUGCAGAUGCGUACUCCAGAUUAUGUUUGGAGUACAAUAGUUGGGAAUGGGUCUUCCAGAAAAAGAUGUAUUCAUGGAUGGUGAGUGCUGAAACUAAAAUGUCCAAUAUUGUCAUGACAGAUCAACAUCCCCAGAGGUCCAUAAGAGAUGUGCUACAAGACUUGAUGAUAGAAGCAUCUGAGAAGCUUUCAGAGGGAGAAAAGGAAAUCCAAGACAAUCUAGUGAAAUACUUUGAAAAGCAAGAUGGCCAUGUCAAUCUGGUGGAAAAAUACAAGGAGGAUUUUGUGUCCAGUGCCAAAACACUGAGACGAGAGACAGAAAACACUGUGAAGAACAAACUGCAAGGAGCUGUUGAAAUCAAAGAGGGAAUGGCAGAACUGAACAACAUCAAGAGCUCUCAGGCAAAUACAAUGGAGAAAAAGGUGCUUGAUUUGCUUCAGAAAUGUAGACAGAAAAAAGCUGGUCUAUCAGAUAAGGAACUCCGUAUAGAGUUUGAAAACAUGUGGAGGAUAACUCUUUCUGAGAUACACUUCAGAGGACUCCCAAGAAGAGAUGUGGCUCAGGAUGCCUUCCUUAUGUUACGUGGAAAUCUAUCAACAAGGGGGAGUCAUGUCAAUAGUAUGUUGGUUGGAACCAACCUGGUGGAUUGUGGUAAAAAAGAAUUUGCUGUGGAAUCUGGGGGUUUUGGGGAGAAAUUGGGUAGCUUAGUUAAGCACUGGGACUUCAACCAUUACAGGAAGAAACUACAAGAGUUGUGUGACAACAUCAUAACACAAUGUCAGUUGUUUAUAACACAGAAGGUGGAAAACAAAACAGAUUACCACGACACUUACAUCAAAGAGCUGCUGAACAAGAUUGAUGAAACGUUAAAACAACACAAGAAUGUUAACGUCAGUGAGGUAUGUGAGGUUUCUCUGAAGCUACACAUCUGUGGCAGAGCAGCCAGAAAGUUUCAGAAGAUGCAUAAUGACUUUAUUGAAGUCAAUGACCCAAGGAAGUGUCUGGAACAGUCUAAAAUCAAGUACCUUACUGAGUUCAAAGACUUAUUUCAUAACAGAGACCUGUGCCAAAAGAAAGCUGAGGACUUCACAAAGCUCUGUUUGCAGCCAGCUGUACAGGAUUAUGUGACCAAAAUGAUUGGUCCUGAUGUGAUUGAUGAAGUGAAGACAGGUAAAGGGUCAGAGGAUUACAGCACAAGAGGGGCUUUCCAGUUCUCCAUUUUGAAACAACUCCUGAUGGAUGGAGAAUAUGAGCAAUAUAGAGAGUACAUUAACCAUUAUGAAAACUUUGUGAAGGACUGGCUGUUUGACCAGAUUGUCCAACAACUGUCAAAGGUCCGCAGUCUGGAGAAAUUGGAGAAGAAACAUCUUUCAGAGAUGGUCAAGAUAAUCACUGACACAAUCUGUAACAUCAGAGAAACAACAACAAAUGUAAAUGAUGUCAAGACAUUCAUUCAGAACAUCUGCAGUGCUCUUGAAGAGAAGCUGGUCCUCAAGGAUGCUCUGGAGUCCAUCUUCAUUCUGAACACUGCAGAUACAGAACAGUUUGCUGACUACCUCACAGAGUUUGUGAGAGAAAUGAAGCAGUCACUGGCAGCUACGUACGACAAGGGAGGAGACAUCAAAGAGAGACUCAGAUCUCUGCCAUUCAAGCCUCAGGACAAGAUGUUCACCAUUCUGUUUGGCUGUGGAGAACAAUGUCCCUUCUGUGGUGUACCUUGUGAAGCAGGGGGGAUAAAGCACGCCAAACACCAUGCCUCCAUUCACCGUUCAGAAGGUAUCCGUGGUGUUAGGGAUAUUUUUUCAAAUAAAUUAGUAAUACAGAUAUGUUCAUCUCUUGUGGUUAGUGACACAUCAUUCUCCAACGCCAAGACUGGAGGAACAUUUCACCCCUACAAGGACUACCAGACAUUUUACCCUGACUGGUUAAUAACUAGAGAUUCCAGCAUUGAGGCUUCAGACUACUGGAAGUACGUGAUGGCCACAUUCAAUGAGACAAUCGCUAAAGGCAAACAUGCACUCCCUGCUGAUAUCCCAGAGGACUGGAAGGCAUUAACACGUGAUGAUGCAUUCAAGAGCUUGAAAAAGUCAUUCAACAUGAUAUAA